AUGGUGGAGUGGAGCAGAGACAUGUAUGUCAACCCCAACCUGCAGGCCAACCUCGGUGAGUGGAAUGAGGGUGUCAUGUGUUGUGUGGUAGCUGUGUGUCUAGCUGUGUGUCUAGCUGUGUCUGUGUGGGUAGCUGUGUGUCUAGCUGUGUGUCUAGCUGUGUCUGUGUGGGUAGCUGUGUGUCUAGGUGUCUAGCGGGUGUGUGUCUCUGUGUGCUAGGAAGCUGUGUCUGUGUGGCAGGGUUUCCGUUAGAAAUUUGACUGAGAAGAUGUACAUUUAUCUGACAUUUGGGAAAUGUGUAUUGGGUGUGUAACCCAUUCGGGCCAUCAAUAAAUGAGGGAUAUUGACCAAAUGAGCCACAUUUACAUGUCCUCAACAGCCUUUGUGUCCUUAAACAGCCUUUUACAAAUUACAAAAACACUUCCUUGUGUUUCGAUGUGUAGCAUAUGCUAAACUUUAUAGCCUAUCGUUUUAUUGGUUUUUACUUUACUAAAACAAUUGUCCACCUCACGGUUCAGCUGUCAGAGAUUUGAGCACUGAAUGCAUCAGGGAAUUGCAUGUGUAGGCUAUAAAGAUAAGCAUUAUAUUGUUAGAUUAUAGGAGUAACUCUGGUAGGCCUAAAACAUUCAACCUCACCUCAAGUUCAACUGUCGGAGUCAGUUGGAGUGCCCGUGCGCACUGCCUUCAUAUCAUAGGCCUGCAGUAUAAUAGGCUAAUAGCCACACCACACCAAACCUUCACAAAUGUUUCUAAACUUUAUUAGGGUAAUAUCAGAUGUAAGUCAAGCCAUUGUUUAUAGGGAAAAUGCAAGCAGGAUAUUAUAUUGCGGCAAACGCAACAUUACAGUAGGAACUUAAUUUGGCCAAAGAAAAUGGCUCAACAGAAUGAAACAAAACACUUUCAAACUUUCAAACAGGCUAUAUUGCAGAAAUUACCAAGAAAGGCUAGUGCCUACCGUACCCAACAAAUUACUGCAAUAGGCUAAUGAAAUUUAUUUUAACACAGGCCUACAUAUAACCUAAGUACAGAGCACACAAUUAGACAGUUCAAACAUAAUUUAGCCAACGAAAAUAUAUCAACAGAAUGAAAAAAAAAAACACGUUUUGCAUAUUUAAAGAACUGGUUUAGAUUAAUAAAUGGGCCUACAAUAAUAACAAUGAUAUACAAUAAUGAUAAAAAAUUAAUAUGGAACAAAAAUGCAUCCUACCUGAAUUGCGACUUGCACAGUAGCCUGCAUUUGGCCGCACCAAUGUUCUUCUCAUAUUUGUCCACUACAAUAUUAAAAGUUGUCCGUACGGAGGACAUUCCCCUUGUAGGCUUUUCACUAUAGGCAUACUCUCUAACUUUCAUUUUACUUCAAUGAAAAAGGCCUCCAUCUUCAAAAUCAACAGUACCCAAGGCUCCUCUCUCUCACUCACUCACUCACUCACUCACUCACUCACUCACUCACUCACUCACACACACACACACACACACAGCAGGAGUAUACACGUAAGGCAUUGCGCAAAGAGUGAGACAAUGGUGCUGAAGUGCGAAAUCGGAAUGUAUUAUAUGCAUCCCUGGACAAUUUGGCUGGCUACAAUUGUACUUAUUGGAUUUUAUUUUACCGGUCAAAAUCCGGCAAUUAACGGAAACCCAGGUGUCUAGCUGCACCUCUCAGCCUAAACAGAAGGCUUGUGUGUAUCUUGACCCUGCUGUGUGUCUGUGUGUGACCCAGGCCAGGAGCGUCCGUCAGAGGGUGAGGGUCCGGAGCUGAAGCUUCCUGACCACCUGGCGUCUCGUAGAGACAGCGUCAGUUCUCUGGACUCCACCAUGUCAUCUAGUGUCCAGUCCUCCCAGCCUGACCACCCAGAACAGUAUGAGGUCAUCAAACAGCAGAAGGAUGUCAUUGAGCACGGCAUUGAGCUGUGAGUCUCACUCUCUUUGUCCUUCCCUCUAACUGUCUUUAUUUUACUCUGUCUAUAUGUCAGUCUGGGAGAUUGUGUCUCUCGCAGUGUUCAUUUCGUCAAAAACUGACGAAAAUAUUCGUCAACUACCUAUUGUUUUUCCUGAUGAAAGCUAAUGACGAUAACGAGACGAGAUGCCAUGAAAACAACGAUAACUUUCACCAAAGGAGUUUUCAGUUUUGUUGACAAAAAUGUGACGAGAUGAGAAUUCCAUGUGAGACUAAUGGACAUUCAAUUUGACAUGAAGCUACUUUUCCAUCUGUUUUGUCCAAUUAAAAGCAGGCAUUCCUUUGCAGAAUAUUUAAUGCAAUCCUCUUAUUGGCAGAAUGAACGUCUUUAAGUUGCUCAGUCUUAUUGAGCUGAUCUGCCUGGCUCUCCCACACAGCUCCCAGGAGAUCACUUCAGUCACUCGCUCUCUUUAGAAGUUGAUAAUGAAUAAUGAACAUGAAUAAUUCUGGCAUUGUUGGAAAGCUUAUAUUCUCCUCUUUUUAAAAGAAUCACUGUUAUUUACCCUCAUCGCAGGGUUAGGAUUGGGGGAAAAAGCGCUGUAUGCCUAAAUUGUUUAAUCUUUAGCAAAGGCUUUGUAGCCUAUAUGGUAAAUCAUGGCUGGAAUUGGUUACAAUCUGCCACAAUAGCAAUGUGCCAGCUAUAUGACGGGAUAGUAGGCCUAGUUGGACCAGGCUAUCUUAAUGUGCACAUGAUGCAAGUUAAAUAUUAAUUAUUUCAUGGGAAAAAAUACACUGACUAAUGUGACUAAAAUGACUGACUAAAACAAGACUAAAAUUGUCCAGAGUUUUAGUUGACUGAUAAUAACUAAAACUGAGAAGGAUGAUGUGACUAAGACUAAAAGGUAUUUUAGUCAAGACUCAAACUAAAUCUAAAAUGGCUGCCAAAAUUAACACUGCAUCUUGUGAUACCGUAUAUCUGUAGUAGCCAUAGAUUAUUUGUCUCCAUCUCUCAAGUUUCAACAAAAAGCCCAAGCGAGGUGUCCAGUUCUUACAAGACCAAGGCAUGCUGGGAAACACAGCAGAGGACAUCGCCCAGUUUCUGCACCAAGAGGAGCGCCUGGACACGGUGAGCACAUCAUCACAACCUUGUGUCACUGUACAAACAUGAAGGACUUUGAUUUGGUUGCCUCUCUCUAGAGUAUGCAACAACAGGAAGUUAUUGUGAUGUGUUCGGACUCGAGGUUGUACGAGAAUAGGUUGUCAUUGUAGAUGCCAGAUCGUCAUCGUAAAUACCAGGUUGUCAUUGUAAAUCAGAAUUUGUUGUACCUACGUGGUUAUAUUUAUAUAAAAUAAAUAAAAAGGUUUGAAAGAGUUUCCUGUCUCUGACACAGCUCUUCAUCAUUUGCUCAUUUUUGCUCUCUCUAGACCCAAGUGGGGGAGUACCUGGGGGAGAACGUGCGUUUCAACAAGGAGGUGAUGUACAGCUAUGUGGACCAGCUGGACUUCUGUGGCCGGGACUUUGUCUCUGCUCUGAGAGCUUUCCUGGAGGGCUUCCGGCUCCCCGGAGAGGCCCAGAAAAUUGACAGGCUCAUGGAGAAGUUUGCUGCCCGAUAUCUGGAGUGUAACCAGGGGUAAGUGAGAUAUGUCAGUGGCUGUUUGCUACCUGCAGGGGGAGGUGUUGAGUUUGCAUACACGCUCUGGAAACAUGUCAUAGAAAACAUCCUCAAUUAUAGAGACUGUGUGGAUGUAGCCUCAUUGAAUAUUCAUUAGGCAAUGUCCAGUGGUUUACUGAUGCACCACCUUGUUACCUCAACUGCCCCUAACCUCUUGCCCCUGCAGACAGACGGAGUUUGCCAGUGCUGACACGGCCUACGUCUUGGCCUACUCCAUCAUCAUGCUCACCACCGACCUGCACAGUCCACAGGUCAGAACACCAUCCAAUCAGUCUAUUUAGCCUGUUCAUCUGUCCAUACACCCAGUUCCAGUUAUUUGUAUUCACUAUUGUUCCCCACUGUUAUUUUACCUGUACAGGUGAAGAACAAAAUGACAAAGGAGCAGUACAUCAAAAUGAACCGUGGUAUCAAUGACAGUAAGGACCUGCCUGAGGAGUACCUGUCCUCCAUAUACGAUGAGAUCGCUGGCAAGAAAAUCGCCAUGAAGGACAGCAAGGAGCACACUAUCACACCCAAGACUAGCAAGCACAGUAAGUAUAGAUAACAGGGAUAUGACAAACCAGAGCCAUAUAUUUAGAGUUGGGCCAACUUUUAGAAUUUUGAAUAUUGUUCUAAUUCUAGACAUUCACUUACAUAGCAUUGUUUAAAUAUUCCCCAAUGUUAUUAGCAUUGAGCGUGGGAAAUGUCCUUUACUAGUUAAAUAUUAUUAUUAAUGUUAAUGGUGAGCAAACAUGGCUGCCAUAGAAAGUUGUAGUUUCAUGUAAAUGCAUCAUAAUGCAGAAACCUCAAUGUCCUAACUCUCUAAAUAUAUGGCUCUGUGACAAGUUAUCUAAUACUGUAUAUAUUAUGCAUCAGCUGAACCCCUACACCACCCUGCUUAGUGGGAAUUGUAAGCCUACAGGUUACCAUGAAAAAGUAGGUGUUGGUCAUGUGAUAAUCUAUGCGCUCUCUUUCUUUUCAGGUGUAGCCACUGAGAAGCAGCGUCGUCUGCUGUAUAACGUGGAGAUGGAACAGAUGGCCAAGACAGCCAAGGCCCUGAUGGAGGCUGUGAGCCACGCCCAGGCUCCCUUCUUCAGCGCCACCCACCUGGAACAUGUCAGGCCCAUGUUUAAGGUACUGCAGAGCAGAGCCACCCCUCGCAAUGACUGUCCUUUGUAGCUCAGUUGGUAGAGCAUGGCGCUUGCAACACCAGGAUAGUGGGUUUGAUUCCCGGGACCACCCAUACGUAAAAUGUAUGCAUGCAUGACUGUACGUUUCUUUGGAUGAAAGCAUCUACUAAAUGGCAUAUACUAUUAUAUUAUCACUUCAUUAGAACUACUGUACCACCAUCUGCAGUGGCUGAUGGAUAAUGCUUGUGAAUGUGUGCCAGAAGAGGGCUGUAUGACCGAUGCUCUUUACGGAGGGAAAGGAUUGAAGUGUGUGCUCUGCGUGUGUGCUGCAGCUGGCUUGGACCCCUCUCCUGGCAGCGUUCAGCGUGGGGCUGCAGGACUGUGAUGACCAGGAGGUGGCCUCUCUGUGUCUGGAGGGGAUCCGCUGUGCCAUCAGGAUCACCUGUAUCUUCAGUAUGCAGGUCAGAGGCCACAGCAAAAUAAUAGAAUGUAUCAUCCUAACACCCUUUACUAUCUGUGGAAUAUGAUUUAUUUUGUUAAACCCCCCCCUCCAUCAAACAUAGUUAUGCUUAACAUGAACUUGAAACUCCUAGAAAAGCCAGUUUUGUCUGUGUUUUAUCUUUGAAUGACUCGUCUGUCUCUCUAUGCGUCUCCGCGGCACUGUGCAGUUGGAGAGGGAUGCGUAUGUCCAAGCCUUGGCUCGGUUCACCCUGCUUACAGCCAGCUCCAGCAUCACUGAGAUGAAGCAGAAGAACAUCGACACCAUCAAGACCCUCAUCACUGUGGCCCACACAGAUGGAAACUACCUGGGCAACUCUUGGCAUGAGGUAGGUCAGGCCUUCUCCCAUAUAGCCAACCUGGCUUUCCCAACCCUGCCUCUCAUCUCCUCUUCUGCUUGUCAGAAAUCCAACCCAUAUUAUAUCUGUGUGUCUCUAUGUGGAAAGAGAGCAUAGCACUUGACUUGGUAGAGACAUCAUGAACAGAACAUGGAGGUUCACCUCUAACCCUUGCCCUGUGUUUCUCUGUGCAGAUCCUGCGGUGUAUUAGCCAGCUGGAGUUGGCCCAGCUGAUUGGCACGGGGGUGAAGACACGCUACAUCUCUGGAGUGGUCCGGGAUAGUCAGGCUGGCAUCAAGGGUUUCCCCAUCGGGGGAGAGGAGUUCAUGCCCCUGGGACUGGGUAGGUCACACAGGGCUUUGAAAAUCAGGGACAGUUAGUGUGUAAAUGGUGUGUGUGAAGAUGUGGUCCUCUGAAGGGUAUCCACCCACUCUGCCCAGAGUGGGUGAAAACGCACUUUGUUGAAUACAUUUCACUUCCUUAUGUUAUAAAAUACAUUUUACCAAGACAAGUAUGAUUAUUAAUGUUCUGAAUCAUUCAGUGGGGUCUUUCUCUAACAUAUCAUUAAAGGAAAACUCCACCCAAAAACUAUCUGUUUCAUUAGUCCAUUGUUGACAUAGUCACAAUGUUUUGCUUGUCAGCAAGCAAGUUUUCAAUAUACGUAACUUUCAAAAUACAGAAAUCAUCCCUGUAUGAUGCAUUUAGCAUCGGAUUUCAUAUCCUAAUACAGUUGGGGGGAAAAAAGUAUUUAGUCAGCCACCAAUUGUGCAAGUUCUCCCACUUAAAAAGAUGAGAGGCCUGUAAUUUUCAUCAUAGGUACACGUCAACUAUGACAGACAAAAUGAGAAAAAUAAAUCCAGAAAAUCACAUUGUAGGAUUUUUAAUGAAUUUAUUUGCAAAUUUUGGUGGAAAAUAUGUAUUUGGUCAAUAACAAAAGUUUCUCAAUACUUUGUUAUAUACCCUUUGUUGGCAAUGACACAGGUCAAACGUUUUCUGUAAGUCUUCACAAGGUUUUCACACACUGUUGCUGGUAUUUUGGCCCAUUCCUCCAUGCAGAUCUCCUCUAGAGCAGUGAUGUUUUGGGGCUUUCGCUGGGCAACACGGACUUUCAACUCCAUCCAAAGAUUUUCUAUGGGGUUGAGAUCUGGAGACUGGCUAGGCCACUCCAGGACCUUGAAAUGCUUCUUACGAAGCCACUCCUUCGUUGCCCGGGCGGUGUGUUUGUGAUCAUUGUCAUGCUGAAAGACCCAGCCACGUUUCAUCUUCAAUGCCCUUGCUGAUGGAAGGAGGUUUUCACUCAAAAUCUCACGAUACAUGGCCCCAUUCAUUCUUUCCUUUACACGGAUCAGUCGUCCUGGUCCCUUUGCAGAAAAACAGCCCCAAAGCAUGAUGUUUCCACCCCCAUGCUUCACAGUAGGUAUGGUGUUCUUUGGAUGCAACUCAGCAUUCUUUGUCCUCCAAACACGACGAGUUGAGUUUUUACCAAAAAGUUAUAUUUUGGUUUCAUCUGACCAUAUGACAUUCUCCCAAUCCUCUUCUGGAUCAUCCAAAUGCACUCUAGCAAACUUCAGACGGGCCUGGACAUGUACUGGCUUAAGCAGGGGGACACGUCUGGCACUGCAGGAUUUGAGUCCCUGGUGGCGUAGUGUGUUACUGAUGGUAGGCUUUGUUACUUUGGUCCCAGCUCUCUGCAGGUCAUUCACUAGGUCCCCCCGUGUAGUUCUGGGAUUUUUGCUCAUCGUUCUUGUGAUCAUUUUGACCCUACUCAUUUUGCGUGGAGCCCCAGAUCGAGGGAGAUUAUCAGUGGUCUUGUAUGUCUUCCAUUUCCUAAUAAUUGCUCCCACAGUUGAUUUCUUCAAACCAAGCUGCUUACCUUUGACAGCUCUUUGGUCUUGGCCAUAAUGGAGUUUGGAGUGUGACUGUUUGAGGUUGUGGACAGGUGUCUUUUAUACUGAUAACAAGUUCAAACAGGUGCCAUUAAUACAGGUAACGAGUGGAGGACAGAGGGGCCUCUUAAAGAAGAAGUUACAGGUCUGUGAGAGCCAGGAAUCUUGCUUGUUUGUAGGUGACCAAAUACUUAUUUUCCACCAUAAUUUGCAAAUAAAUUCAUUAAAAAUCCUACAAUGUGAUUUUCUGGAGGGAAAAAAAAGCUCAAUUUGUCUGUCAUAGUUGACGUGUACCUAUGAUGAAAAUUACAGGCCUCAUCUUUUUAAGUGGGAGAACUUGCACAAUUGGUGGCUGACUAAAUACUUUUUUUCCCCCACUGUACAUCCGAUAAUAAGUACCGAGCUCUGUUGACAUAGCGGUGCAGGUUUCUCAUAACUUUUGAGGAUUUUACAUUUUGUGGUCGUCAUCUUCAAAGUGGAUUCCGUGGUUGGCAAAAAGGAAAAUUAGCAUGACGAGCUGAAUUAAAUGUAAAAGGCUUUGAAAAUAUAAAUCUUGAUAUACGCUCAGUGCGCCAUUGACAUUUCACAGAGAUGCGCUUAUUUUUGUGAUAAAUCUUUUAAAAAGAACUGGAAUUUUCGAAUUAAUGUAAAAAGCGUAUAUACUAAAAUAUGAAAAUACUUUAUUGUCUCAAAUCGAUAUCCAUCUUACCUCUAUAUUGUUUUAUGUCCUGCGGAUUCGAGAAGAAAGAUGACGAGUUCAAACGGGGAAAGUGAGCCAGCCUGUCAGCCAGUGGCCUUAAUUCUUGCACAGAAUCCAGCCUAGCUGGCGCGAUGCAAUUUGACUGAUUUCUGACCACUUUUUGUCUCUGGCCUCCAUUGAUUUAGUCACCCUAAUUCUGGCCAUCCUACAAGGGUAAAAACUAACUUUUGAACGGAUUGUGAUGGAGACAUGGGGUUUGGACCAUUGGUUUUCUUAGAGGCUUAUCGACACAACAUAUCAUUUUACCCAUUGGUCAAAUAUGUGUUUUUGAUUGGACACCCUAUCCACUGUAGCUUAGUUGAUAGAGCAUGGAGCUUGCAACGGCAGAAUAGUGGGUUCAAUUCCCGGGACCACCCGUAUGUAAAAUGUAUGCACACAUGACUGUAAGUCGCUUUGGAUAAAAGUGUUGGCUAAAUGGCAUAUUAUGUUAAAUGGUGUGUCUUAAAUGGGUUUCCUGUUGCAGGGACUCUGGUGGGAGGUCCAGACAGGAGGCAGAUGGCUCAUAUCCAGGAGUCAGUUGGAGAGACCAGCUCUCAGAGCGUGGUGGUGGCUGUUGACAGGUGAGAGAGAUACAUGUUCAACAUACAUCCAUGGCAGCAGACAUCUAUUCUUUAUCGUUUAUGUCCAUGUGAUUUUAUCUGGAUUGUGCUUUUUGGAAGUACAUGGCUUCCAAAUCUUACCUGUAUUUGUUGUUUGCAGGAUCUUCACUGGUUCCACAAGGCUAGAUGGAAAUGCAGUUGGUAAGUAGAUUUGUUUCUCCACAUUUAUCUGACUGGCAAUUUGUUUCUCCACAUGUAUCUGACUGGCAAUGUGUGUGUUUACUGACAUUGUCCUGUGUCCUUUUCCUAGUGGACUUUGUGCGGUGGUUGUGUGCGGUCUCCAUGGAUGAACUAGCCUCUACUCACCAGCCGAGGAUGUUCAGUCUGCAGAAGAUAGUAGAGAUCUCCUACUACAACAUGAACCGCAUCCGUCUGCAGUGGUCACGCAUCUGGCAGGUCAUCGGAGACCACUUCAACAAGGUGAGCUCCUAUCUUCAGUAAGGAAGGUGUCCUGGAACCAGAUUAAGCAUAUUCCUGGACUAAGAAACAGAGAUUGAGCAUUGUUAGUCCAGCAGUAGUCUAAAUCUAUUCAUCUUACCUGAUUAUGCAGAGACGUAGCCUAUCAAGGGUUCCAGACUAACAUUUUCCCCUGGCUGUAAUGGUGCCACUAACCUUUUCAUUUGGUGGCACCAGCCCAUGAUUUGGUCACCAUUUCUUUUUCUGCGGCGUUACACAAUAGACAUUAAAAAAGAAGUGCUUUAGACUGUGUAAUAGACUACUGAGAUGGUAGGCUAUUCAAGAAAUACGUUGUUUCAUCUAACAUGUCCAAGCAGGAAUGCAUGAUUCAAUAUAUUUUGAUGUGCAACUUAAUCCAGUGAUUGUCAUGAAUUGUGAGUUGACAAUAGGGUAUUGUUGUUAUAUUUUACUGUUAAAAUAGGGCUCCAGAAUUUUCAGAAUUGUGUUGUUCGAUAGAGAUGAAUUUGCCUACAUCUUUAUGUGCACUAAUAUCAUAGGCUAAUUUAUUUUGGGCCUAAUUCACCACAUGAGGAAGUGAAAACACAUUAGUGUUAAUCUAACAGUCAAUUUAAUAUCCUAAAAAAACAGUUGUAGCCUGCUACCUUAUGCAGUCGCAAUGGCUGAUGCGUACUUUGUAUCUUAAAGCCAUAUCAAAUAUCUUGGUUGUAAAAUAGUUGCUAUUGAGCUCAACAUGAAAGAAAUGACAAAUACAAAUUAUAUCCACAGAAAGUUGAGAACAACAGUAGUUGCUUCCAAAGCUAUGUAUUUCCCACAGUUGAAUUUUGAAAUGUUAUACAUUCAGAAGCCUUUUUUCUCUAUCCUGGAGCCCACAUUGGGGGAGAGGGGGAGAGAGUGGCUCGCUCAUUACAGCAGCAGGCCCCAGGGAAACCGGCCCAGGGGCAGGGCAGACACUUUCAUUACAGGAAUCAUGAGGAUAAUGCGCUUUACUGGUUUUCGCCACCAAACAAAUAGGACGUUUUGAAACUUUUGAGUGAGGUGACCAUGCAAUGAAUGUUCAGCUCGCACUGAUGUGACCAAUUUAAAUGUUUUACUUGCACAGCCAAGUCAAAAGGGUUGCAGAAUGCGACUAAAUGGUCGCAGUCUGAUGCCCUGCUAUCUAUGCCUGUUUGUCUGCUCCUCCACCAGGUGGGCUGCAACCCCAACGAGGACGUGGCCAUCUUUGCGGUGGACUCUCUGAGGCAGCUGUCCAUGAAGUUCCUGGAGAAAGGAGAGCUGGCUAACUUCCGCUUCCAGAAGGACUUCCUCCGGCCAUUUGAACACAUUGUGAAGAAGAACAGGUAGAGACUGGAUCAGGGGAAAGAGGGGGAAGGGAGAGAGGAAAAUAUGAGAGGAGUAAAAGGAAAGAGGCAGAGGUGAUUUGGAACAAUCUAGGGGAUACGAUGAGGUGGAAAAACCCUGCCAGCACAGAACCAAAUCACACACUCACCACAAACGAUUGACUCUUUCUCCUUCUCUUUCUUUCCUCCACAGAUCUCCCACUAUCAGGGACAUGGUGAUCCGCUGUGUGGCCCAGAUGGUCAACUCCCAGGCAGCCAACAUCCGCUCCGGCUGGAAGAAUAUCUUCUCUGUGUUCCACCAGGCCGCCUCGGAUCACGACGAGAACAUUGUGGAGCUGGCCUUCCAGACUACUGGCCACAUAGUCAGUGAGUACCAACACAUUAGGAUUGGGGCUCAACCACCAUUUUGGCUCCGAGGGCAUAGCCAGCUCGGUAGAGAAAUGGACUGCUGAAUAAUACUGAUCCUUUCUCUCCUCCAGUGAACACGUUUCAGCAGCACUUUGCAGCAGCCAUAGACUCCUUCCAGGAUGCAGUGAAGUGUCUGUCUGAGUUUGUGUGCAAUGCUGCCUUCCCUGACACCAGUAUGGAGGCCAUCCGGCUCAUACGCCACUGUGCUAAAUAUGUGGCUGAACGGCCGCAGGUAGGCAUCCCACAGAAUUCCAAAGCACAUCCCAAACCUAGAUCACAAAGUACUGAAGUGCCUUCUAAUCAAGCCUGCAACUGAAGAGCAUUUUAUAGUGGUUUAUUUUUUGCAUCAUGGUGGAGUACAUGAUGGUGCCUGUCCAUCAUGAUGAUGUUCCUCUGAUGUUCCUCUGAUGGGUCUUCCUUGUCUGUCCCCAGGCUCUGCGGGAGUACACCAGUGAUGACAUGAACGUGGCCCCAGGGGACCGGGUGUGGGUGAGAGGCUGGUUCCCCAUCCUCUUUGAGCUGUCCUGCAUCAUCAACCGCUGCAAGCUGGACAUCAGGACAAGGUAAGGAAUCUGACCCUUAGCUCACCCUACAUGUGUAGAGGCACCACACAUCUAGUGCUUUGAGCCCAAUAAGCAUUCAUGUAUGCUUGAUGUGUGUGUCUUUCUGUCACAGGGGUCUGACUGUGAUGUUUGAGAUUAUGAAGAGCUAUGGACACACCUUUGAAAAGCACUGGUGGCAUGACCUUUUCCGCAUCGUCUUCCGCAUCUUCGACAAUAUGAAGCUCCCUGAGCAGCAGACGGAGGUGAGAGGCUGUAGGGAUUGUCAUUGGUUCCACUGUAUGACUGUUUGUUUUGAGUAGGCAUUUCUGUAAUGAAUGCUGGCUUUUGCACCAGUCACUCACUCAACCUUGUUGUGUUGCUCGUCUGGGUGUAUUUUGUGUCCUGUGACUUCUUGUAGAAGCAUGAGUGGAUGACCACGACCUGUAACCACGCCCUGUACGCCAUCUGUGACGUUUUCACCCAGUUCUAUGAGCCUCUCAGUGAGGUCCUGUUGGCUGACAUCUUCACUCAGCUGCAGUGGUGUGUCAGACAAGGUAGGUCCCUUACUCCCAACAGAGAGAGGGUAAAAUGAGAGCAGCUGACUCAUUCAUAUAUAUAUAUAUAUACACACACACACACACACACACACACACACACACCAGAGAGAGGGGGAAAACACAGCAGCUGACUCAUACACACACACACCUAACUCAUUAAAUUCAAGCUGUAUUUACUGUAAUAUUCUAUGUGUAACAUUUACCAGGAAUUUGAAGUUAGGUGACGUAAUGGUGAAUGACACCACUAUCUUCUCUCUACUACCCCAGAUAAUGAGCAGUUGGCCCGGUCAGGGACUAACUGCCUAGAGAACCUGGUCAUCCUGAAUGGGGAGAAGUUUAGCCCAGAGGUGUGGAACGUCACCUGCUCCUGUAUGCUGGACAUCUUCCAGACCACCAGCCCACACGCGUGAGUUCUGCUGCCGGCCUGUCUGUCACGCUGAUGUUUUCACUUUUGCAACCCAUCACCAUGAACAAGUUGCAUCCAACAGUAAUUCUCAGUGUGGUUUUAAAUAUUUAUUUGAAUACAUAAACAGAAAACACUGUUAUAGUAAGACAUUAUGGUGUUGUAUUACAAGAACAAGUCGGAUGUCAGAUGUUGUGUAGUCAUGAGCAGGGCUUUCAGCAGGCCAUGGUGACUCAUGGACACAGGAAACACUUCAUUCAAUAGACCACAUGACUGACGAUGUGCACAUUCUAUUUUCUCCUUUCAACAGCCUGUUGACAUGGCGACCAGCUGGUCAGGAAGAGGAGGCUGGUGAUGGGAAACACAUGGUGGGCAAACAAUAACAUUUAUGAAGCUUCAGACAGUCAAAUAAAAGCUUUUGAGCCUGACUAUAGACACGCAUGAGUAUAUGGGCAGUGAAAAUAUCUAGCCCCUUGUUCGUGUCAUGAGUUGUUCUCUCUGACAAACAUGCAGAUAAAUUAGAGCUGUAUUUGGUUAGACAUGGAUCUCAUUGACUCUGACUCUGUCUACAGGAUGUGGAUUUUGACACCCAGUCCCAGAGCAGCUAUGACAGGGCCCUGUCAGAGAGAGGAGGUCAGAGCCAAAUAUCCACAGCCAGCGAUGAGACCUGGAAGGGUAAACCCCAUGCCAGUAUGCAACGAAUUACAGAGACCUUUGAGACCCUCUCACCUCAAUUCACAUUUCUCUCUCGUACCCCAUCAUCCUUCAUGUCAUGUUCCACUUUUCCACAUUUGACCUCAGUCUCUCAUGGGUUCCUAUCUGUCUUCCUGAUGCCACUGUGCUCUGUGUCUGUGGCAGGAGUGUCAGACCAGAAGCUGUUUGCUGGACUGCUCAUCAAGUGUGUAGUGCAGCUGGAGCUGAUCCAGACCAUUGACAACAUUGUCUUCUACCCGGCAACCAGCAAGAAGGAAGAUGCAGAAAAUAUGGCUGCUGCACAGGUUUGCCACAACCUAAACUUUGUCGCAAUGGAGCUGAACUACAAUGGAUCUAAACUAAAGUCAUGAUGCUUAUUCACAUGUAAUCAGGGCUUUUAUGCAUAAACUUAGUAGGGUGUUUUGGGUGUACUGUACGUUGUUGGAGGAUUGACCUAGGCUCUGUACUGUGUCUCUCCCAGAGGGACGCUCUGGAGGAGGCUGCAGAGGUGGGGGACCCUGGGCAGGGGGAGCAGGGCAUGUACAGACACCUCACCUCCCAGCACCUCUUCAAGCUGCUGGACUGCCUGCUGGAGUCACACACCUUCGCCAGAGAUUUCAACUCUAACAACGAGCAGAGGACUGCACUAUGGAGAGCAGGUAAGUUCAACUGUCUGUCUCUCUCUGGUGUGUUUAGAUCUAUCAUAUGAGCUAAUCAAUCAAUCAAUCAAUUUUAUUUUAUAUAGCCCUUCUUACAUCAGCUAAUAUCUCGAAGUGCUGUACAGAAACCCAGCCUAAAACCCCAAACAGCUAGUAAUGCAGGUGUAGAAGCACGGUGGCUAGGAAAAACUCCCUAGAAAGGCGAAAACCUAGGAAGAAACCUAGAGAGGAACCAGGCUAUGAGGGGUGGCCAGUCCUCUUCUGGCUGUGCCGGGUGGAGAUUAUAACAGAACCAUGCCAAGAUGUUCAAAAAUGUUCAUAAGUGACAAGCAUGGUCAAAUAAUAAUCAGGAAUAAAUCUCAGUUGGCUUUUCAUAGCCGAUCAUUAAGAGUUGAAAACAGCAGGUCUGGGACAGGUAGGGGUUCCAUAACCGCAGGCAGAACAGUUGAAACUGGAAUAGCAGCAAGGCCAGGCGGACUGGGGACAGCAAGGAGUCACCACGGCCGGUAGUCCCGACGUAUGGUCCUAGGGCUCAGGUCUCUCAGUUGGCUUUUCAUAGCCGAUCAUUAAGAGUUGAAAACAGCAGGUCUGGGACAGGUAGGGGUUUCGUAGCCGCAGGCAGAACAGUUGAAACUGGAAUAGCAGCAAGGCCAGGCGGACUGGGGACAGCAAGGUGUCAUCAUGCCCGGUAGUCCUGACGUAUGGUCCUCGGGCUCAGGUUCUCAGAGAGAAAGAGAGAACGAGAGAAUUAGAGAGAGCAUACUUAAAUUCACACAGGACACCGGAUAAGACAGGAGAAGUACUCCAGGUAUAACCAACUAACCCCAGCCCCCCGACACAUAAACUACUGCAGCAUAAAUACUGGAGGCUGAGACAGGAGCGGUCCGGAGACACUGUGGCCCCAUCCGAAGAAACCCCCGGACAGGGCCAAACAGGAAGGAUAUAACCCCACCCACUCCGCCAAAGCACAGCCCCCGCACCACUAGAGGGAUAUCCCCAACCACCAACUUACAAUCCUGAGACAAGGCCGAGUAUAGCCCACAGAGGUCUCCACCACAGCACAAACCAUGACUGACUGCCAGUCAGUCAUAUAAAUGUUUUUUUUGAUACAGGAUGCUCUUGUCAUCUCUGUGGUAUGUCUGACUGUCCAUCUAAUUUCAUAUAUAUGUCUGGCUGUCUGCCUCUCUCUGUGUCUCAGGAUUUAAGGGGAAGUCGAAGCCCAAUCUGCUAAAGCAGGAGACGAGUAGCCUGGCCUGUAGCCUGCGUAUUCUGUUCCGCAUGUACUCUGACCGGCAGCUCCAGGACUCCUGGCCUGAUAUCCAGACACGGCUGCUACUGUGAGUGUCCAGGGGAGGGAAAGACGGGGAGGAGAGGGAUCAUGGUGUGAAAGCUCUUUACAAUUGUAAAGCGACUUUGGGUCCUUGACAAGCUCUAUAUAAAGACCAUUAUGCUCCCGAGUGGCGCAGUGGUCUAAGGCACUGCAUUGCAGUGCUAGCUAUGCCACUAGAGAUCCUGGUUCGAAUCCAGGCUCUGUCGUAGCCGGCCGCGACCGGGAGACCCAUGGGGCGGCGCACAAUUGGCUAAGCGUCAUCCAGGGUAGGGGAGGGAAUGGCCGGCAGGGAUGUAGCUCAGUUGGUAGAGCAUGGCGUUUGCAACGCCAGGGUUGUGGGUUCGUAUCCCACGGGGGGCCAGUAUGAAAAAUAAAAAUAAUGUAUGCACUCACUAACUGUAAGUCGCUCUGGAUAAGAGUGUCUGCUAAAUGACUAAAAUGUAAAUGUAAGGCACUGCAUCUCAGUGCUAGAGGCGUCACUACAGACCCUGGUUCGAUUCCAGGCUGUAUCACAUCCGGUGAUUGGGAGUCCCAUAGGGAGCGGCGCACAAUUGGUCUAGCGUCGUCCGGUUUUGGCCGGGGUAGGCCGUCAUUGUAAAUAAGAAUUUGUUCUUAACUGACUUGCCUAGUUAAAUAAAAAUAAAUAAUUACUUGAACAACAAGACUAGCUUGAAUGUAAAUUUGAUUACAUCAUGUCAUCCUUAGUCUCCCUGAUUGGCCCAGCUGUAAUAGGUUCUUCAUCAUUGGUUUGUGGGGGUGUUCCCCCUCUGGUAGUGAGAUAUGUGGUAAUGUUGGUCCUGUGUGUCCUGUCCUCUCCUCCUCAGUGUGUGCAGUGAGGCCUUGGCCUACUUUAUCAGCCUGACCUCUGAGAGCCACAGAGAGGCCUGGACAAGCCUGCUCCUCCUGCUGCUCACCAGGACUCUUCGACUGACCGACGACAAGGCACACACUCAUUUAUUCACAAGUUACACACACCUACAUACACAUGAACUGAAAUAUUUGCACACACUCACAACGAACUGCGGUUUGCUUGCAGUGACAAUGCUCCACAAGAUUGAUCAGUUUUUUAAAAUUGUAUUAUUAACACAUGAAGACUGUUUAUGUGAGGUACUGUCUGCCAGCACCAUUUCAACUAUCUAUCCCAAGUCAGUAAGAGGGAUGAAAAGAACUGUCCAUUUCCCCUGAUGUCCAAUUGGAGUAACUAAUAGUGAAAAUGGUUUGAUUAACAAGCCGUAGGACAUUUGGCCUCCUUUCCCCUUAGGCAAUGAAUUUGACUUCCGUAGAGGAAGGAGAUGGAUUAUUUGACAGUUUGUCUGUGUAAUGACCUGGGUAUGUAAAAGAGGACAUCAGAUGUGUGCAGGCAGACCAGGGACUGCCCCCGGGGCCUUGGGAUGCCUCUGCUACAUCAAGGAUCUCUGAAUUAGACUCUCGGUUCAGUGCAGAUUCCCAUAUAGGGCAUCCAGUCAGUUAACUUUAGCAUUGUUCUUACUUCUUGAAUUAUAUUAAAGUUGAUUUGGGGCAGCAGGUAGCCUAUCAGUUAAGAGUGUUGGACCAGUAACCAAAGGGUCGCUGGUUCGAAUCCCUGAGACGACUAGGUGAAAGAUCUGUCUGUGCCCUUGAGCAAGGCACUUAACCCUAAUUGCUCCUCUAAGUCGCUCUGGAUAAGAGCGACUACUAAAUUACUAAAAUGUAAAUUUGAGUAACAAAAGGAAGGACACUAGCUUAGGUACCAACAAGUUCCUGUGCACAUAUCAAUCGCAUCUUUAGGGGUUAUUCUAACUUUGAUUAACAAAGGUUUCCCCUUCGCAAAUCCCACCUACAGGUGUAUUACCUGGUCGUAUCUAAACAAACAAUGUUGACGUUCAACUUUGGCCAUAUUUCAAACAAUUCACUCAUUGACAUCACACUCCACUCACCCUAAGCUUAAUGUGCAUAUGUCGGUUUGAUGCUAAAUAGCCUGCUCUUUUCCCCCCCUCUUCAGUUCAAGCCUCAUGCCUCCUGUUACUACCCGCACCUAUGUGA